GGAGCCUGUGUGUUCGCCUCUUGGUUUCGUUUGCCCACGACGCGCAUCCUCGCGUGGCCACAUUCAAGUUUUCACGUGCUUCUGGCCAACAACAAACCCGACGGCAUUGAAAGCGCAUUCAACUGUCAGUCGAACAAGAACAACUAUCGAUCAAUAAACAAAACGCAUAACAAAUAUACAUGCGAUUUAUCAAGUUGCAAUUGAGCAGCGAGCGUGCCUCAAGUUAAGUCAAAAGUGCUACAUUGUGUAUGUGUGUGUCUCAGUGUGUGUGUAAUGUCGUUAAGGCGACGCGGGCUAAUGCUUAACGCAUAGUUAAAGCCAGUUCUGGCAGACAUUGCAGCAUCGUUUGGAUUACGUCGAGCAGCAGCACAUAAUGGAUUAUUUGCAGCUUUCAUUUUUGAUGCUUUGCCUGCUGCACAUGGCCAAAGCCGAAGGCGAACUUAUCUUUCGCAUAGAUCCUUUGGCACUUUUAUCGGCCACACUGCGCACAUAUCAAAAGGCAGCCUGCGAUACGGACCAGGUGAUAAUCGCUUGCCCCCGCGGCACAAGCAUUUCAAUUGAAUUCGCGCAGUACAACAAAUUCAUAGCAAAAGACGGGUAUAGCAUUGAGGACUUGUGUCCUGCAUCGGGCGUGCUGCGCUCGGAUAUUCGCGGCAAGGCAAAGCAUUUGCUGCGUGGCUCCAUCUUUGGCUCCAGCACACAGCAAGUGCCCGCCAAUCGCUAUGUAAACGGUGGCUACGCGCUGCCUCCUCCGCCACAAGUAGAACCGACUAGCAAUAGCUCCAGCGCUGCAACAGGCACUGAGCAAGCAGCUGAUGGCGAUAAUUCACCCGAAAAUUGCAUGUGGCCUAAUGCGCUGCAGUACACCUUGCUGCAGACUGUGGUGGAGGCCUGCCAGAAGAAGAAGCACUGCAAGUUCCAUGGCUCUCCGCAGUUCCAUGGCCUGGGCGCGAGCGGUGUGGGCGACGCAUCCGGCACCAGCAGCUAUCACAGCAGCACCGCCAGCUCCACAGCAAUCAGCAGCGAUCCCUGCCCCAAGCGUCGCAAAAUCGUCGAGGUUGCCUACAAAUGUCGUCCAUAUGAGUUCCGCAGCAAGGUUGCCUGCCAUAAUGAUGUAGCGCAGCUGGAGUGUAAUCCAUAUUCGCGCAUCGCCGUUUACAGCGCCAGCUUUGGACGCACCGAGUACGAGAGCAUUCAAUGUCCCCAGCCGCAGGGUGUGCGCGAGGAGACUUGCCUAGCCUCGUUUGCCACGGAGACUGUCAUGCAAAUUUGCCAUGGACGAAGGCGUUGCAACCUGGCUGCCGAUGCGAAUACCUUUGGCACGCCGUGUCAGCCAAACUCGCGAAUGUAUUUGAAGGUUGUUUACACUUGCGUGCCCAAGCAGGUGCUAAAGGAGGGCAACGAUUUGGAGUUGGAGGCGGACGAAACGGAGGACUUUGAGAGCGACAUCAAUGACCUGGACGUUGACGAGCUAAUCUACAAAGAGUCUGAGGCGAUACCAAAGCUCUAUAGCAAUCUAACUAAAACGCACGGCAACGCAACCAAAAAUGCUGGAGCUGCCACAGGCGCCAGAGGUGGUGGUGCUGCUGCUAAUUCCUCGCCAGCGGGCAUGCAGAGUGUGACAAACAACUCGCUGGACAACGAGUCCGAUGGCAGCGGUGUCAAUCCCGUGAUGACGCACAGCGCCGACUUAAGCCUCGAAGUGGACCAGGAGCGACUCUACUGGUAUCUCUUAAUCAUCGGCAUGGUGGGUGUGCUAAUCUCCAUUGUGAUUGUGGCCACGCGGCUGGUGCUGCAGCGACAGCGCUUGGCCAGCGAUACGCACUCGAAUUCCUCGACCAAGGGCGGCGCUGGCGGUUCGGCGGGCAUGGCCGAUGAGACGACCAUACCCAGCGGCUUCAACGACACCAUUUCGGAAAUAGACGCUGACAUUGAUCUAACCACGGCCAUACCACUGCCCAGCGUGUCCAAGAAUGAGGUGGGUAUAGCUGCGCCACUCUUGCCACUAGACGUUGCCAACUAUUCCAUGCCACUGCAGAAUUAUAUAACCUAUGCACCGGCGGGCAGCUUGUACGCCAGCCUAGCGCCCAGUCAGCUGGGCAGUGUGGGUGGCGCGGGUGCAACGGCGGGCUUAAUUCCAAAUCCUUUGCUGGUUAAUGCUCGUCAGUCGCCUGACCUAAUAGGCAUCUCCAACAAUACGUAUAUUGCCACAAGCGGCAGCAGCGGCAGCGCCGUUUCAACUGCAUCCAUGACUGGCAUACUGGCACCAGCUAUUGUCAUCGGCGCUAAUGGAUCGGGUGGAGCUUUGCCCAGCGGCAGCAGUGGCAUUAACACCAUGGUGCCCAUAAGCUCGCUCACCCAGUACACCACAGCGCCCACAAUUCGGGGUGGUUAUAUCAUAAGUCCCGAGAGCAUAAGCGUACUGCAGCGACCCACAAAUACGCCCACGCCGCCUGCCUCUGUGGCGAGCGGCUCACCUGCACACCCACCAAGCGCCACCUCACCGCUGGCCAUGGCCCCAUUGAGUCAUCUGGGCACGCCCGGCACAUCAUCCACUUUGCGCCGCAGCAAGCCCAAUCCGGCGGCUAUGCUGCAUCAGCAGCUAUCCUAUGAUGGCACCGCACCGCGCACACUCUCCACCGGCUUAUCCGUGGGCUCGCAGUUCUACUAUGGAUGACCGGGCAGCGUGGACUGCGAGCCACAUGUGUAUACCACAGCGAUUAGUGUGAGCACGCCCAGCGCCCAGCUGCCCGCAACGGAGACGCCGACAGCGACGGCGGCAGCAGCUGAUCACCUGCUGACAGGGAGCAGGCCCUAGCCAGAGACUGAAAUGGGUUUGAGCUUGAGCGCGGCUAAUAACAUAGACAAUACGAAUCUAGCGGGGCAGAGUGCAGCCCCAAAUCCCUCCUGCUAAAAGCGGAAAUGGCAGCACACAGAGCAGCAGCGAGUGUGUGUGUGUGUGCUGACAACAAAAGCUGUUUAUGCUAAAAAGGAAAAUAGAACAUUACAUACAUAUAAAAAAUGGAAACGAGCUUCCGGUAACUGUAAAUUGCUAAUGCACACACAUACACUCAACUCUUAUUCUCACAUAGAAUGGAUUACUACUAAAACGGCAUUAGGUUAGCGCAAAAUGUAGUCGAAAUUGUGAAUAGUUAAGUGUCUGCAGUCAAAGGCAAGCUACAACUAAUUUGUUGCGCAUACACAAUGUCUGACAAAAUUUAUGUGCAGUAAGCAACAAAACACUUGAGCCAGCGACUGAAAACAAAUUGCGUGGCGCCCCAUUUAAUGUUAUCAAUAAUGCAAACAUCAACAUAAACACAUCAGGCAUGAACAACCAGCAGCAGCAGCACAAUAAGUAACAUUAGCAGCGCGGCAAGCGUCUAAAGCGCCGUAUCAUUGUGCGCUAAGGGGCUCACAACUCAUACGCGUAGCCAAAAAUUUGUACACAUAAAUCUCAGCGCACACACAAGCACAAGCAACACGAAGCUUCAUUAUUGCGCCUACCUGAAUGAGAGAGAGUCUGUGUGUGUGCGUGGGAGUGUAAGCAUAAGCGUGGGAGUGUGUGUGUAUUACGCCUAGUAAACGCUAAAAGCAACAGCAGUUACAAGCACACACACACACAUAAUUCAAACAGUGCGCUUUUGCUGUGGCUGACUAGCCGUAUGCGCAAUUUCGUGGAAUGCGCAUUAUUCAGUAAAUGCGCCUAGCAUAAUUAAUAUCCGGCAUUAAAUUACAGCAAAUGAAUUGGCAUUGCGGCAAAGUAAAAGCUGCUGCUGCUGCUGCCCGAACUGCAGACAAUUAGCUAAAAGUGUAGCUCAUAGUCUCUCAUAGUGUAAAUACAUACUUAGUGCUAGAGUUGAGCCAAAAUAUAUAUAUUUUAGAUAUAUUUUGGUUUGCGUUUUAACUUGUUGCUAGUCUCUAAUUUUUAACACACACACACGAAUUCAAACUCUGUUGUUAUUGUUUUCUGAAUAAAAUGUCAAGUGCCUUCCUAAUUAGCAUUUAAGCGUGUACUUUAAAUCAAAUAUACAUAACAUAUGCUUUGAAGUGUACAUAAGAGCAGCCUAUAGCCAAAUUAAUCUUACAAUAAUAAAAUUAAUCUAGCGCUCUCAAUUAGCCAAAGUGUAAAUACGAUAGCCACACAAAAAGUUACUCACUCAAGUUAAUGCUCUAGUCGCAGUUACAAUCGGUCAAAGGCGCUGCAGCUAACCCAAUCAGUGUAUAUCAAUUAUAGUAAAAUUGGCAUAUGUACAUAUUUAAAUAUAUAUAUAAAAAUCAAAAUUGUAUGACGCGCCACUGCUACUAUUUUGCGCAAUCCAUUAAUACCUUACUAUAAAAUUAAAUACAUUUAUUAAACGUGCAUACUGACGUAUAAAACUUAAAAAUAAUAAAAUCCGUGACGCAUUACGUAGGUUUAGCUAACGCAUUAAAUGGCAUUAAAUGUAUAAAAAACGUGAACAAAAAACUACCACAAAAAGAAGAGAAUACAACAACUAAAUGGCAAAAAUGUUAAUGUAAACAUUUGUUUAGCAAUAAGUUUCAACUUUCAAACUGAACUGUGAAUAUAGUUUUGUUGUAUCAUUUUUUUUCACUUAUG